GAUGUUUGUUCUGUUCCAGAGGGCUGAGGAGAACGCACACGCUUUCCUGGACAAGGAGCUGAAGAAGCUCUGGAGGGAUCUCUUCUCAGAUUACCCACAAUGCUCAGAGAGUCAGAGGGAGGAGGAGGAGGAGGAGAAUGGUAAGAAGGAGGAGCAGAGGAGGCGCGCCAUAGAGGGAGUGGUGGACAUCACAAAGCUCUGCCUGAUGGAGAUGAACCAGGAGGAACUGGCCGACACACUGUGGGGCGUAUCUGAUGCUGUCGAUUGCAAACAAAAAAUCAAGUCUCAUUUGAGGGAGAAGUUCAAGUAUGUGUUUGAGGGAAUCGCUAAAGCAGGACAGCAAACCGAUCUAAAUGACUUCUUCACAGAGCUCUUCAUCACAGCGAGAGGCAGUGGAGAGGUCAACAAGGAACAUGAGAUGAGACUGAUUGAAACAUCCUCCAGGAAACCAGCCAAGGAGGAAACACCAAUCAGAUGUGAGGACAUCUUUAAACCCUUACCUGGAGAAGAUAAACCAAUCAGGACAAUAAUGACAACUGGAGUGGCCGGCAUUGGUAAAACCGUCUUAACACACAAGUUCACUCUGGACUGGGCUGAAGGCAAAACCAACCAGGACAUACACUUCACAUUUCUCCUCACUUUCAGAGAGCUGAAUUUACUGAAAGGGAAAGAGUUUAGCUUGGUGAAACUGCUUCAUCACUUCUUUAUUGAGACCAAAGAAGCAGGAAUCUGCAGAUUUCACCGGUUCCAAGUUGUCUUUAUCUUGGAUGGUCUGGAUGAGUGUCGACUUCCUCUGGACUUCCAGAACAACCAGACCUGGACUGAUGUCACAAAGUCCACCUCGGUGGACGUGCUGCUGACAAACCUCAUCAUGGGCGUCCUGCUUCCCUCCGCUCGCAUCUGGAUAACCACACGCCCUGCGGCGGCCAACCAGAUCCCUGCUGAGUGUGUUGACAAGGUGACAGAGGUGAGAGGGUUCACCGACCCACAGAAGGAGGACUACUUCAGGAAGAGAUUCAGAGAGGAGUCGCUGGCCAGAAAAAUCAUCUCCCACAUCAAGAAAUCACGAAGCCUCCACAUCAUGUGUCACAUUCCAGUCUUCUGUUGGAUCACUGCUACAGUUCUGGAGGACUGCUUCAAAAAUUCCAAGAUAGGAGAAGAGAUGCCCAAGACCGUGACUCAGAUGUACAGCCACUUCCUGAGGGUUCAGUCCAUACAGGGGGACAGGAAGUAUCAUGGAAGAGCUGAAACAGAUCCAGACUGGAGUUCAGAGAGCAGGGAGAUCAUUGUUGCUCUGGGAAAACUGGCUUUUAACCAGCUGGAGAACGGCAACCUGAUCUUCUACGAGGCAGACCUGGCAGAGUGUGACAUCGAUAUCAGAGCAGCCUCAGUGUACUCAGGAGUGUUCACCCAGAUCUUUAAAGAGGAGUGUGGGCUGUACCAGGACAAGGUGUUCUGCUUUGUCCAUCUGAGCAUCCAGGAGUUUCUGGCUGCCCUUUAUGUCUUCUGGUCCUUUAUCAACACUGGGGUCAAUCUGCUCACAGAAGAACAGCCAACCUCCGGUGAAGAUAAACUCAACCUCUUCUACCAGAGUGCUGUGGACAAGGCCUUACAGAGUGAGAACGGACACCUGGACUUGUUUCUCCGCUUCCUACUGGGCCUCUCUCUGGAGACCAAUCAGAUUGUCCUACGAUGUCUGUUGGGACAGACAGCGAGUAGAUCACUGAUCACUCAGAUUAAAGAAUAUCUGUUGGGACAGACGGAAGGGGGCAAGAAGAAAACAGUGUCUUACAUCAAGAAGAAGAUUGCUGGAGAUCUCUCUCCAGAGAGAAGCAUCAAUCUGUUCCACUGUCUGAAUGAGCUGAAUGACCAUUCUCUAGUGGAGGAGAUCCAACAGUCCCUGACAUCAGGAAGUCUCUUCGAAACACAUGUCUCUCCUGCUCAGUGGUCAGCUCUGGUCUUCAUCUUAUUGUCAUCAGGAGAGGGGCUGGCCGUGUUUGACCUGAAGGAAUACUCAGCUUCAGAGGAGGGUCUUCUGAGGCUCCUGCCAGUGAUCAAAGCCUCCAAAAGAUCUCUGCUGAAUGGCUGUCAUCUGUCAGAGAGAUGCUAUGAAGCUCUGGCCUCAGUUCUCAGCUCCAACUCCUCUAGUCUGAGAGAGCUGGAUCUGAGUACCAAUGAUCUGCAGGAUUCAGGAGUGAAGCUGCUCUCUGCUGGACUGAGGAGUCCACACUGUACACUGGAAACUCUCAGGCUUAAUGGCUGUCAUCUGUCAGAGAGAUGCUGUGAAGCUCUGGCCUCAGUUCUCAGCUCCAACUCCUCUAGUCUGAGAGAGCUGGACCUGAGCACCAAUGAUCUGAAGGAUUCAGGAGUGAAGCUGCUCUCUGCUGGACUGGGGAGUCCACACUGUACACUGGAAACGCUCAGAUUGUCUGGCUGCCUGGUCACAAAGGAAGGCUGUGCUUCUCUGGCCUCAGCUCUGAGCUCCAACCCCUCCCAUCUGAGAGAGCUGGACCUGAGCUACAAUCACCCAGGAGACUCUGGAGCUGCGCUGCUCUCUGCUGGACUGGAGGAUCCAUGCUGGAGACUGGACACUCUCAGUCUGGAGCACAGUGGAGUGUGGAGGCUGCGACGAGCUCUAAAGAAGUAUGCCUGUGAACUCACACUGGACCCCAACACGGCCCACAGAGUCCUCUCUCUGUCUGAGGACAACAGGAAGGUGACGCUGGCUGGAGAGGACCAGUCGUAUCCGGAUCACCCAGAGAGAUUUGACUCCCAUCACCAGGUGUUGGGUAGAGAGGCUCUGACUGACCGCUGUUACUGGGAGGUAGAGUGGGAAGGAUGGGUUGAGAUAGGAGUGACAUACAGCGGAAUCACAAGGAGAGGACGGGGUGAUGACAGCGAGCUUGGAAAGAACAACAUGUCAUGGAGUCUUUAUUGUUCUGAUGGUUGUGGUGAUGAGGAUGAUGGUGGUGAUGGUGAUGAUGAUGAUCAUUACUCUGCCUGCUACAACGGUAGUGCAACACCCAUACUUCUCCGCACCGCUGGCUCCACCAGAGUAGGAGUGUAUCUGAACCGGCCUGCUGGCUCUCUGUCCUUCUACAGAGUGUUCCCAGGUGGAGGAGGGUCCUCAGACACACUGACACACCUCCACACCUUCUGGUCCUCCUUCACCCAGGAGGACCUCCUCCCUGCGUUUGGGUUCUGGGGGCUUGGGGGGUGUUCCUCAGUGUCUCUGUGUAAGUUAUAGUCUCUCUCUCUCUCUCUCUCUCUCUCUGUCUCUGUCUCUGUCUCUGUCUCUGUCUCUGUCUCUCUGUCUCUGUCUCUGUCUCUCUCUCUGUCUCUCUCUCUCUCUCUCUGUAUGUUAGGGAUGAAAAAAAUAAAUAAAAAGAGUGUGUGUUAAUGCAUAACUUUGUAUUAAUCGCGUUAAAAUAAAUUUGCAUUAACGUGUAAAUAUCUCGCUUUUUAUAUGUUAACUUGCUUUUUAUAUAUUCAUUCAUUAUAUUCAUAAUGCUAGCCACCAUCAAUAUAUCAAUUAUAUGUAAUAUGAUUUUACUUAUUUUUGAAUUUGAGCAUCGUUUUUGUUUAAUGAUUUCUCAUGCUUUUCUUUUCAUUAUUAUUUUUUUAUCUUGUUUGUUUUUUAUUGAUACGUGUGAUUGAAAAUCUACACGUUGUUACGUUUUUCUUGAUGAAGUUAGGCUUAGUUUAUUAUUCCGUGAACGGUCUUGCCACCCUGCUCUUCUUCAGGGCCGUCUAAAAUGUAAACCUUUGUGUUUCGUGUGAUGUAUGUCUGUUUUCACGUUCCGUUCCCGUGCUGCCUUUUGAUGGUUUGGGCCUGUUUUCUUGACCCCCUGGGGAGCGUCAAGAGGCAAAGGGUUCCAUAAGCAGUGUUGGGAAGUUCACUUUCUACGUGAACUAGUUCAAAGUUCAGUUCACAAACUUUAAAAAUGAACUAGUUCAGUUAAACAGUUCAGUUAUUUUUUUCAAUAUGUUGCUGUGAGCUAUUUUUUUUUCCGGUAUUUUGAACAUUGACCCCACUUCGUGGUUUGUCUAGGAUGAAAUAGAGUGGUUGAAUCAAGCAUCGUAGCGAAAUACAGUUUCUAUCGUGUUUUAUUGCACAUUUAGCGCAUUUUGUAAGGGUUAUGGUUAGGCCAACAAGCAAUGAUUCUAGGAGGUAUUCUAGUCCGCUGAUCGAGCCAGAGAGCUAACGUUCUGGAUUGUACAUAUUUAUAAUUCGAAAUUCAUCUCAGCCUUUAUACCACACAGAUACUCUAGGGUCUAUAGCAUAUAACCGUGUUGUCUGAUUACAGUUUAAUUCAUUUUUCACAAUUUAACGGAUCUCGUUUUGAAGAAUAAUCACCGCACCAUUGGUUUCAAUGGGAAUCGCGACGGUCUAUACUUUCAACAUAAAGUGUACAUAUUUAUAAUAUUUAAUUCGUCCCAGCCUUUACACCACAGACACUAUAGGGUCUAUAGCAUAUAACCGCAUUUUCUGAUUACAGUUUAAUGUAACAAUAAGCUGACAACACCGCAACUGCAAAUGAACCACACGGAGAUAACCAUGGCAACCGGUCAAACAAAUGUUCUCAUUCAGAGCGCGCAUCCGCCGCUUUGAUAAACAAAUAACCCCCCAAUUGAACGAAGUUUAACCGAGUGAGCAUGCCGUUCACAGACACCAGAAUGAACGAGUUCACAGUAACGUUCAUCGGGCAGUAAUACAGUACGUUCAGUUCACGUUCACCCAAAAUAUGAACGAGUUCAUGAACUAUCGUUCAAUGAACGCGUUCAGGCACAACACUGUCCAUAAGGCACCCUUUAUGACAUCCUGAGGAGCUUCCAUCAAUAGAUUACCAUCUGGUUAACAAAGGCUUUUGGUUUAUUGGGGGACCUCUGACCUCAGAAACCCGACAGAAGUGUAGAACUCCUGCCUUUAGCCAUGCAGUGGACUUCUCCUUGCGAACCUUUAGAGAGACGCAGGGCGAACUCCCAUCUGUGGCCUCAGAUUAUUGCUUUGUAUGCCUAUUCUAUCGUUUGUUGAUGCAUGUUGCGAUGUAUCGUUGUUUAUACUAUUAUUACAAACAUAUAUGACCAUAAUUGUCCACGUAUUGUGUGCUUUUUGCGUUUGGAAAUCUCAUCUGCCUUGUACGCAAUAUUUGGUAAAGGAAUUGCCGCGACAUAUGAUGGAAAUAAAUGUAAUCCAUUCAAUAAAAUAAAAAAAUGGUGAUAAUCAACUCA